UCCAAACAUGGGCUUCGAAAAGCUUUCGAUUGCCGCAAUAGCGCAGAAUAAAAAGCUGUAUCUUGUGGUCGGAGGAGCGGGUGCUGCGGUGGUCUGCUUGAGUCUGGCGUGGAGAAGUUUAAGGAGUAGAGAAAAGGUCCGAGUUGGAGUUGUAUCGCAACUUUUAGUUCACCCUCUGAAGUCCGGGAAAGGCAUCUCAGUGGCUUUUGCAGAAUGCCACCACAUCGGAUUAAAACAUGGAGAACUUAUGGAUCGGCACUGGCUGGUGGUCAAGGAGGACGGUCACAUGGUGGCAGGGAAGCAGCAGCCGCGGCAGGUGCUGGUGGCCCUGACCAGCGACGGUGGGAGGCUAUGUCUGAACGGUCCUGGCAUGGAAGAGCUUCAGAUGCCCCUUCAGCAGCCCCACAACCCCAUCAUGGACUGCAGGGUGUUCGGUACGGACAUCCAGGGGAGGGACUGUGGUGACGAGGCAGCCCGCUGGAUCACCCGCUUUCUGGGGGGGGAGAUAGGCUACCGUCUGGUGCACUUUGAGCCCCACAUGGAGCCCCGCAGGUCUGCCGACCAGGAGAAGCUGUUCUCCCAGGACGAGAAGGUGGCAUAUCCUAACGUUGGGCCUGUGAUGCUGCUGUCAGAGGCGUCAGUUGGAGACCUCAACGGCAAGCUGCAGAAGGACGUUACGGUGGAGAGAUUCCGUCCUAAUAUCGUCGUCAGCGACUGCAAUGCUUUUGAAGAGGAUUCUUGGACGGAGCUGCUGAUUGGCAAUGUUAGACUCCAUCGUGUAAUGGCAUGUGGAAGGUGCAGUUUCAUCACCGUUGACCCAGAAACUGGUAUUAUAAGCAGGAAAGAGCCCCUGGAAACACUAAAGGGAUAUCGACAGUGCCAACCGUCUGAGGCAGAAAUCUACAAAAAAUCACCGUUGUUUGGACAAUUUUUCACCGUGAAAAAGACGGGAAUCAUACAGGUUGGGGAUGUCGUAUAUCGGAUUGGUCGCUAGGAAGUGGAAAAAUGGUUGUUUGCUGUUGGUGAUCACUGUCAUUUAGAACUCUUUAGCAGCAAGGCCAGUUCCU